GAACUGCAGGCAGAAGUGAAUGCCCACAAACAGCAAGUCCAGCGGGUCCUGGACAAAGGAAAGACAAUGGUUGUAGGCCAGCACCCAUCAGCUCAGAAAAUAAGUGAGAAAUGCCACGAGCUUGUGGCUGCCUGGCAGGGCUUGGAGAAGGCCUGUGAGGAAAGGAUGAAGCAGCUGCAGCACUCUGUUGGCUUCCAGGAGUUUUUAAUGAAUACUUCAGACCUGGAGGCUUGGGUAGCAGAAAAACAUCCACUUGUGACAAGCAAGGACUAUGGUAAGGAUGAAGAUGGAACACUGAAACUCAUCAAGAAACAUAAGGCACUGGAGCAUGAGAUUACCAUUUAUCAAAAUUUGAUGAAAGAACUGAGUGAAAGUGCCCAAACUCUUCCUCUGGUGGGCUCCAUCCAGUAUGUUGAGGUUGAUGCACCCAAGGAACAAGUUCAUUCAAGACUCCAGGAGCUUCAGGAACUAGCUGCAGCAAGAGGGAAGAAGCUGGAGGAGACUCUUGUCUUGCAUGAGUUUCUACGAGAAUAUGAAGAUCUGCAAGACUGGAUCACUCAGCAGAGACAAGCAGCCAGCUCUGAAGACUAUGGAAAUGAUUAUGAACAUGUCUUACAACUUUGUGCCAAAUAUGACACGUUCCAACACCAGUUGGAAGCAGCUGAGAAAAGACUGGUGGGCUGCCAGCAGCUGGCAGACUUUUUUUUGAACCAUGGACACUCUGAAUCCCGGGAAAUUCGGCAGAAGCAGAGAGAGCUAAGGACCUCCUGGGAGGAGCUGUUGGAAAUGACCAGAUUGCGAGGGGAGCGGCUGAGAGAUGCUGAGGCAAUUCACAAGUGUUACCAAGAUCUGACAGAUGCUCUGGCCCAUAUUGAGGAAAAGUCCAAAAGUAUUCCAGAUGAUGUUGCUAAGGACAUGAGAGGUGUGCAAACCCAGCUAAGGAACCACGUGGCCCUAGAGCAUGAGCUCUCUGGGAAUGAGCAGCAGCUGCAGGAGCUUAUCCACUCUGCAGAUCGUGUGCUGCCCCAUUGCUCAAAGAAGCAGGUGGAAGAGCUGAGAGCAAAGCAGCAGGCACUAGUGACCAGCUGGAAGGCCCUCAAGUCUAAAGUGGAGCUGCGCAAGAAACUUCUGGAGCAAGGCUACAAGCUCUACCAGUUCCAGGCACACGUGUGGGACUAUUUCUCAUGGACAGCAGAAAUAAUAAGAGAAAUGAAAGCCAAGGAGACUAUCCGGGACCUGUCUACUAGCAGCCUGAGACUCACCCAGCAUCAGCAGCUACUGGCAGAGAUUGAAGCAAGAGAAGAGAAGUAUAGUCAUGUUGUACAGCUUGGACAGUCACUUUUGCAAGAUGAGGAAAUGGGAUCAAAAGAGAUUCAGCAGAAACUACAGGCUCUGUUGGAAGAGAAGGAAAACGUAUACAAUGAAUGGAAACAGAAGAAGGAGUGGCUGGAGAAAAUACACCAAGAACAAAUGUUCUACAAGGAUUGGGAUCACCUGGACAUGCUUCUGAAUUCACAGGAGAUUUAUCUGAAAAGCAGUGACCUCGGAAGCUCUGUAGGUGAAGUAGAGCAACUGAUAAGGAAACAUGAGGCUUUUGAGAAGCUUCUGGCAUCACAGGAUGAGAAGAUGACAUCUCUUCAAGAACAGGCAAGCAGGCUAGAAAAGAUUGGUGGUCUAGAAGGGCUAAAGAUCCAGCACAAACUAGAUACCAUUCGUAAGAGGAAGCAGCAAAUCAAGGAUCUGUCCCAGAGUAGGAGAGAGAAGCUGCAGACAACCCUUCUGCUGGCACUUUUCUACCAGAACUUGGAAGAGGCAGAAGACUGGAUCGGUGAGCGCAUGCAGAAGCUGGAGGACCCUACCAUGCAAGAUCCCACCAAUCUGCAGGACAAAAUGAAGCUGCUACAGAAACAUCAGGUCUUUGAGGCAGAAAUUCUGGCAAAUGAAGAAAUCAUCACAGCUGUUAAUAAGAAGGGAGAAGCCCUGGUAUCAAAAGGCCACCCAAAAUCAGGAGAGAUCCGUCGCCAAGUCCGCGUGCUUCAGGAGCACUGGGAGAAGUUGAAGAGAGCUGUUGCUGCCCGUGGAAGGAUGCUGGAGGACAGCAGGGACUUCCUGGAAUUUCUCCAGAAGGUGGACCAGGUGGAAGCCUGGAUCAGGGAGAAGGAAGUCAUGAUUAAUGUAGGUGACGUGGGAAAUGACUAUGAACACUGCCUGCAGCUCAUGAAAAAGCUGAACGAGUUCCGUGGAGCAACAUCAGGGGAGACAACAGUGGAUGAUGCUCACAUCAGGUCCAUCAAUGCCCUGGCCAUGAAACUGGAGAGACAGAACAAGGAAGAAACAAAGACAAUAUACGAUCGCCGGAAGCAGCUCAAUGAGAGGUGGAACAGCUUCCAUGGUAACCUGAAUGCAUACAGGAAGAAGUUAGAGGGAGCCCUAGAGAUUCAUGCCUUAAUCAGAGAAAUUGAUGACAUCACAGAGAGAAUCACAGAGAAGAGUGUACUGAUACAAGCCUUGGACUAUGGGAAAGACAUGGAAAGUGUGGAAAACCUGAUCCGAAGGCAUGAAGAGAUGGAGAGAGAAAUCAGUGUUAUUAAGUCCAAAAUGGAGCCAUUGGAACUGGAAUGUUUCCGCCUUUCCACAAGGAACCCAUCCAUUAAUGACAAACUGACUAUGAAGAAACAGGAGAUGAAAAACAACUGGCUGCGACUCCAGGGACAGGCCAAACAAAGGAAGGAGAAGCUGGCAGCCUCCUAUCAGCUGCAGAAGUUCAACUUGGAGAUGAAGGAGAUUCUAGACUGGACCCAGAACAUCAGAGGCUUAAUGGAAGCAGGGGGGCUUCCUAAAAGUGCAAAUGAAGCAGAAAGCAUGAUUGAGGAGCAUCAGGACAGAAAGGAGGAGAUUGAAGCACGAGUGGAAACAUUCAACUAUCUCAGUAACUAUGGUCAAGAACUUGCCAGUUCUGGUCACUAUGCAACCCCUGAGAUUCACCAGUCCCUCUCCAGACUACAGCAAGCCUGGUCUGAAUUGAUCCAAGCAUGGCAGGAGCAACAUAUAAAAUUGUUUCAAGCACAAGAUUUACAGAAAUUCUAUGGCUAUGUGGAACGGACUGAGAGCUGGCUCAGCAGCAAGGAGGCUUUCCUAGCUAAUGAGGAUUUAGGGGACUCCUUGUCUAGUGUGGAGAGCCUACAGCGAAAACAUGCACAGUUUGAAAAAGCCUUAGAAGCUCAGAUGGAGAAAAUUGAUGAGAUGGCUUCAUUUGCUCAGCAGCUAACCCAGAACAAGCACUAUGACUCUGACAACAUCACCAACAGAUGCCAGGCUGUUUUGAGGAGAAAAGAGAAGCUGCUGGAGAAUGCUGCUACUCGCAGACAUCUGCUAGAGGAAUCAAGGCUCCUUCAGAAGUUGCUGAGGAAUUCCUUUGAGGUGGCUGCCUGGAUGAAUGAGAAGAACAGCAUUGCCCAGGAUGACAGCUGGAAGGAUCCAAGCAAUCUGCAGACCAAGCUGCAGAAGCACCAGACUUUCCAAGCAGAGAUCAUGGCCAAUAGAAAUCGCCUGGACUCCAUCAAAUCUGAAGGGGAGAAGAUGCUCCGUGAGAGGCACUAUGCCCCUGAAGCCAUUCAGUCCAGACUCCAAGAAAUGGAAGAGCUGUGGGAGGAGCUGCUAGCAAGUUGCCAGGACAAAUGGGCCAAGCUGCAGGAUGCUUACAAGGGCCUUAAUUUUCAACGAAGUAUAGAGGAUAUAGAGAAAUGGUUGGAUGAUGUGGAAAAUGAGUUGAAAGCUCCAUAUAGUACUGAUGACCUGGUGGUUUUGGACAGUCAUCUGAAGAAACAAGAGGAACUGGAGGAAGAUAUUGCUGCCCACAGGGACCGGCUGCAAGCACUUGUGGUCACAGUUCAGCAGUUCCAGAAGGAGAAACAUUUCCUUGCUGAUGAGCUAGAAGAGAGAGUGGAUCAACUGGUGCAGAGAUACAAAAGGCUACGUGAUCCUCUGCAGGAGAGACGUGGGAGUCUGGAGGCAAGCAGGCUGCAGUACCAGUUCUUCCAAGAUGUUGAUGAGGAGUUGGCUUGGAUUCAUGAGAAGCUCCCCAUGGCUUCCUCCAAGGAUUAUGGCCAAUCUCUGGCAACUGUUCGGAGUCUACAAGAAAAGCACCAGAUUUUGGAGAAUGAGAUAAGCAGUCGGGAUGCUUUGACCAAAGCAGUGCUCAGUACAGGGCAGAAGCUGGUGAGGGGAGGCCACUCAGCCUCUCGCAAGAUUAUGGAGCGUCUGAAAGAGCUUGAGGCUUCUGUGGAAGCCCUGAAGGCAGAGGCCCAAGAGAGGAGACAGCGGCUCAUGCAGUCAUAUGAGGCCCAUCUGUUCCUGAAUGAGCUAUUGGAGGUGGAGGCAUGGCUCGCAGAGAGGAGCUUCAUUCUGGAGACCUCUGAUUAUGGGAAGAAUGAAGAAUCCACACAAGCUUUACUUCGUAAACUUGAAGCUACCAAGCUGGACAUGGAUGGUUUCAGGCCCCGGAUGGAGAAAGUGCAGGAGACAGCUGCCAGCUUAAUAAACAAAGACAGCCCAGAAAGUCCAGCCAUACUUUCAAAGCUCCAGGGGAUCCUAGCAGACUAUCAGUCUCUCCUACAGAAGGCUGAGGUGCAGAGAAAACACCUGCAAGAACAAUUCCAGCUCUAUCAGUUUGAAAGAGAAUUCCAGCUGGUGGAUGCAUGGUUUUCCAGUAAACAGUCUGUAGCAGAGUCUGAUGACUAUGGGCAGGACUUAGAUGACGUUGAGGUGCUGGAGAAAAAGUUUAAGGAUUUUGUAAAUGAGGUGAAACCUCUGGGCCAUUCCAAAGUUGUCUCCUUAAAUGAGUUAGCAUCUAAACUAGAGAAGGAAGGCCACAGCAAGAUGGACACUAUCCAGAAGAGAACAAAGCAAAUGAAUGAGACAUGGGAGAAACUUUGCCAUGCCAUCCAGACAAGGACAGAGAACCUAAGAGCAGCCAGGGAAGUUCACCAGUAUGAUCAUGAUGUGGAUGAAGUAAAGGGCUGGAUGCAAGAGAAAGAGGCAGUGGUUGAUAUAGAAGAUUAUGGAUAUGAUCUUCCAGGUGUACAGACACUCCUCAGCCAGCUUGAGGGAGUAGAGAGAGAUCUAGGAGCCAUCAUGAAAGAGCUGGAGCGGAUCCGGGGGGAGGCUUGGCACCUCAGCCGCACGUACCCUCAAGUCAAGGAGAACAUCAUGGAGAGGCUCACAGAUGUGGAUGAGUGCUGGCAAAACCUGGACAAGAAAUUUCUGGAGAGGAAGGCAAGACUGAGCCAGGCAGAACAAGUCCAGCUCUACUUCAAUGACUGCAGGGAGCUGAUGGCCUGGGCCAACGAGAUGCAUGCACUGGUGAUCUCUGAGGAGCUGGCAAGUGAUGUGCUGGGGGCUGAACUGCUCAUCAAACGUCACCAGGAAUACAAGAGGGAGCUGGAGAAGCAGUGGCUGAAAUAUGAGGAAAUGCAGCGGGCAGGAGGUGACCUGGUGAAGAAUGGACAUUUCAUGUCUGUGGAGAUUGAAGAAAAACUGCUGGAGCUGUCAGAGCUGAUGAAGAAAGUAAAGGAGAGCUGGGAGAUGAGGAAGGAGUUAUAUAUAGAAAACUGGGAGAUUCAAUUGCUCCGCAGAGAGCUGGAACAAGCAGAAGCAUGGCUGGCUACCAAGGAGAGCUUUCUUUCAGAUCCUAACUAUGGGGAUUCAGUGUCUGAAGUGGAGGCUUUGCUGAAGAAACAUCAUGACUUUGAAAAGAUGCUGGCAGCUCAGGAGGAGAAAUUUGCUCAGCUAAGCAGGAAAACUAAGAGGGAGAUGAAUCUUCUGAGACAAGUGGAAACAGAAGAGAGUGAGCAGAAGGAUAAAGGCAAGAUUGUACGGGUUCCCUCUCUGAAAAGAAAACCAUCUGACAAAAGGAAUACAGCACCAAAAGUGAUGGAAAUAAAGAGCACAACACCACUGCCAGCUGUGCCCUUACCCAGCCUGCCCUCCAGGACCCCACUUGAAACUAUUUUCUCCCCUGUUGAAAAGUCUCCAUCAACAUUCCAACAAUUCACUGCUGAAGAAGCCCCAGAAGUGCUGAGCAGCAACAGAACAGAAAUGAAAGCUGAGAGGAGGCUCAGUGAGGUUAUCACUCCACCUACACCAAAGACAGUGGGCCCACAAGCUGCAGCUUUGGAACAUCACAGUCCUUUAAGCUCUCCUUUAUCUCCAGCUCCCAUAAAUCAGCAGCACAGCAGCAGUCUGUCAGAGUCACAUGCCACAGGCCUUUUGUCACCUCAGGAAAAAAGUGCUAGAGGCUCCUUUUUGUCCAAUAUGCAGCCAAAGCUGAUGACAGCUCCACCUGAGCCUGACCAAAGGUCACUAGAUAAAUCACCAAAGUUACUGCUGUCUAACUCUUCUUGUGAGAGAUUAGAGAAUACAUCUUUGGUUUCUGCAAGUCUUCAGCACAUGGAGGGAUUCCUACAAAAGAGAGACCAGCUCUUGCCAGGAAGAAAACAGCCAAGCUCAAGGUCUUGGAAAUCCUUCUACGUAAAACUUGAUGGAUUAAAGCUUGAUUUCUAUAAUGAUGAAAAAGAAGCAUCUAAGAACGUGGCCACACUCCUGUCCAUCAGCAUUCCUGGUGCCAAAUGUGAGAGGCUGGCAAAUUACAUCAGGAAAGAGAACACCUUCAUGUUGAGGCUGAGAGAUGGGGCAGAGUAUUUCUUUGCAGCACCCUCUCAGACACUGAUGGAGGACUGGCUGCAGUCACUACAGAAUAAUAUAGAACACAGUAACAGGUCAUAUCCCACAGUGAGGGUGCAACCUUCAACUCCAAACACAGAGACCUCUCAGACAAGACUGUGGGACUUUCCAGACAGAGACUCUGCUGAAAGACUAACCACCAAAAGCUCACUCCUGAGGAGAACACCAUCCUUCAAGAUCAAACCAGAGAGAGCUUCUGCAGAACUUUCCAGAGAUGUUAGAGAAGAUGGGACUGCAGUGACACGAGACUCCAUCACCACCCUAAGCCUAGAACAAGGUGGUAACAAAACAAAACAGCUUCCAUCUCUACUAGAAGGAAGAGAAAAAUUAUAUCUGCCUCAAUGA